CUUAUUUAAACGUCAACAACACAACAUUCAAAAUUGCUCCAAAAGCAGAGAUCCCUGAAAAUGCCGGCCAAGAAUUGUGGGUGCCGCAAGAAGAAGGAAGUCCGCGUACAUGUCAUCUACGUGGGCGGGACAAUCGGAAUGAUGCGGAAUGCAUCGGGAGUGCUGGCCCCUGCACCCAAGGAAUUGACAGCACGGCUACGCGAAUAUCCCAACUUUCACGAUAAGGAAUACAAGUCCGCCCAGGCAGAGAAUGUAUCCUUUAUGGUUCUGCCCGUGGUAGAGGGUACCCAAUGUCGGAUUCUGUAUGAUCUGUUGGAGUACUGUCCCCUGUUGGAUUCCAGCUGCAUGGGCUGCGAUGAGUGGAAGAAAAUUGCCAAGGACGUGGGCAAUGCUUACAAGUCCUAUGACGGUUUUGUUAUACUUCAUGGCACGGACACGUUGGCAUACACGGCCUCUGCUCUGGCGUUCAUGCUGGAGAACCUAAACAAACCUGUUGUGGUGACGGGGGCACAAAUUCCGAUAUUUGAGGCCCGCACUGAUGGCCGAGACAAUUUUCUGGGCUCUCUGCUUCUGGCGGGCAUCUACAACAUUCCGGAAGUUCUUGUUUUCUUUGGCAAUAAGAUCCUGCGUGGCUGUCGCACAUCGAAGAUCAACGCCAACUCCUUCCACGCCUUUGAUUCACCGAAUCAGCCGCCGCUGGGCCAGACGGGCAUUCAAAUUGAGAUCAACAACCGGCAAAUAUUCCGUCCCUGCAGCAUCGGUGACUUUUCGGUGCACGGCUACUUGGAGAGGAAUGUGGGCAUAUUGCGCUUCUAUCCGGGCAUAACUCCCGCCGUGAUCUGUGCUUUCCUUAGGGAGCCCAUGAAGGGCGUGGUCCUGCAGAGCUUCGGGGCCGGCAACAUUCCAGCGAAUCAGGAGGAAAUCCUGGACGUGCUGCGCGAAGCGGUCGGCAGAGGUGUGCUAGUUGUCAACACCUCGCAAUGUUCCACCGGCCUCGUUUCCCCCAUAUACGAGUGCGGCCAUGUUCUCACCGAAAUAGGUGUAAUUCCUGGCUAUGACUUGACGCCAGAGGCGGCGCUCACCAAACUGGCCUACGUGCUGGGAAAAUGCGAGUGGGAUUUGGCGAACAAGAAGAAGGUAAUGCUGCUGAGUCUACGCGGAGAGUUGACCACCAAGAAGCUGGCCAAGAAUAACGAUAUCGACUUGAUUGAGGGCGUGGCACGCACUCUGCACAUGUCUUCGUCGGUGGAGAGGGAGCAGAUGUGCUCGAUUUUCUAUCCCGCACUAGUGUCCGCUGCCGUCAUGAACGGAGAUGUGGAAAAGCUGGGGGAUCUCAAGCAGUAUGGGGCUGACCUCUGUGACGAAAACUGUGACGGACGCACCGCCCUGCACUUGGCCUGCUAUCUGGGCAAACUGAACUGCGUGAGCUUUCUGCUGGCAGUCGGCUGUAAUGUGAAUAUCCACGAUAGGUUUAACCGCACGCCGCUGCACGAGGCGGUCGACACGGAUAACCAUGCUGUGAUAAAGGCUCUGCUCUGCAAAGGUGCUGUCCUCAGCGACCCUCCCGAGGUGCAGGCGGAACUUCUGCGCGCCCUGACAGAGCGCGGCAAGACCAAACGCAUGGAGUCUUGGCGGCUGGCCGGAGCGGAUCUAUCACUGGCCGAUCGCACGGGACGCACGGCACUGCAUUAUGCCUGCCAGUUGGGCAACCACGAAGUGGUCGACUAUCUUUUGCCCUUCUACAAGAAUCCCUAUGUUAAGGACGAACUGGGCAUGACACCCAUAGAUUACGCUAAGGCUGCCCAUCACGAUCACAUUGUGACGCUGCUGCGCUUCAGGGAGAAGAACGACCAGAAGGAUCCAUGUGCCUGUAUAGAAUAGAAAUCUCAAUUAAAAAUAGAUUUUACAAAC